UUAUCGAUACUUAGUGUAUUAACUGAAAAUUUCAAUCUGACCAUCAUUCAAAUAGAGGAGUUUUUAUAAUAUAAAAUAGAGUAUUAAAAAGCAAUUGGAAAUGAUUUCCUCGUUGGUACCCAAUAUCAAUCAAAAAUCGCCCAAGGCGUUUUUUUUAAAGAUUUAGAGAAAAUUCGUAAAAUGUUUGAAAAUACGAGGAUGCCUGAAAAUUCACUGUCCUGCCAGUAUUCAUAAGUGAGGUGUUUAACUACAUAAACAAUUAAAAUCUAUGCAAAGUACACGUGCUCUAAGAUUCCAGUGACUUAAUCUUUGGAAUAAUAUAAUGAUUAUACGCGAAACGAACGAAUAAAUCAAAGCUAGCGUCCCUUUAGCUCAAUAGCAUACAUACACACAAUCAAUUUGUGUACAUAUAAUACCGUGUGUGUACAUAUGUAUGUACGUAGCAGCAGCGGAAAAUGCAGCCUGAACCUGGAACGAAAAUAAUUUGUGAUGCUAUUCAAAGUGGGCACUCCGCAUCAUAGUGCGACACAGCCAAUAAAAGUGGUGUAUUUUAAAUAAAACUACUCAAAAACGACCCUAAAAAAAUUAAAAUGGUGUCUCAGUGCCAUCCCGUUGGCAGAGGAGAGGCAAAAGAUGAUUUUAUUGAACACAACUCUUCUUCCAAAUCAAAUCAGACUUCCCUGCGAAAUGAAGUUAAUGGCACGCUUCAAUGUGCGUUUAAAAUUGUUCAAGCUGCAAUCAAAACACAACACAGAUCUCGAGGUGUUUCCAGAAUGUCAUUAUUAAGCAUAGUACUGCUAAUCAUUAUAACUAUUCACGUUAGAUUGACACUUGCCGAUCAGGUGGUUCUGUUGGAUACAACCAGAGAAGCUACAUUGGAGUGGACUAGGUAUCCAUAUGGUCCACAAGCCCAAACUCCAGGGUGGGUAGAAGAAUCAUUCACAGACUUCGUGAAGGGCAUAAACUGGAGGAGCUACGUGGUUUGCGAUGUGGCAUAUCACAAUGUCAACAAUUGGUUGUGGUCGCCGUUUAUCGAUCGUGGACCAGCAAACCGACUCUACAUUGAAAUUCAAUUCACAAUACGCGACUGUUCUUUAUUCCCAGGAAACGCUUUGUCAUGCAAGGAAACCUUUAGUUUACUUUUCUACGAAUUCGAUGCUGCCACUCGAGAGCCUCCUCCGUGGCAAACUGACAGCUACAGGCUGAUCGCUCGCAUUGCGGCUGGAGAGGGUCGCUUUAAUCAAAACUCCGAUGUAGACAUUAACACUGAGGUGAAGAGCAUAGCAGUGAACAAAAAAGGAGUUUAUUUUGCGUUUAGGGACCAGGGCGCUUGUAUAAGCGUAUUGGCAGUAAAAGUUUACUAUAUAACAUGUCCUGCUGUUACUGAGAACUUUGCGCACUUCAACGAAACACCUACAGGAAGAGAAAUUACUAUUAUCGAGAAGCAAAAUGGAACUUGUGUCGAAAACGCUGAACCGUAUGAGGCACCAACAUAUUUAUGCAAAGGUGAUGGAAAAUGGACAAUUCUUACUGGUGGCUGUCGUUGCAAGGCCGGCUAUGAACCAAACGAUUUAAAUAAAACUUGCACAGAAUGUCCACUUGGAACAUUUAAAUCACCAGAGGUUACAAAAUGUACUCCAUGUCCGCCUAAUUCAAAUUCUUCAAAAGUUGGAUCACCAUUUUGCAAGUGUAUGCCGGGAUACUAUAGGCAUCCAAGUGACGGCCGACAUAUGCCUUGUUACAGUCCACCAGCUGCACCUACAAAUCUCACGUUAUUGUUUGUUGAUCAAACGAGUGCCAUAAUAUCUUGGAGCGCUCCAUCCAAGAAUAAAACGCACCCGACUGAAACGCAGAAUAAAAAGUACCACAGUGAUAUUGUGUACAAGAUCCGAUGCAAUAUGUGCAGCACAAAUGUAAUGUACAAUCCGUCAAGUGACACUUUCAACGAAACGAAAAUAACACUGACAAAUCUUGAACCUGUAACGACUUAUACUGUGCAGAUACACGCAACUAAUAGUGUGUCGCAUCUAACCGACUCGGGCCGGCAUUCCAACGAAUCGUCACUGACGGCAUUAAAUGAUAUAACAUUUUCUAAUGCGUCGUUCUUUAACAUUCCAUUGGAUUUGAAUGAAAUAAAAACCGGUCACGCUGAAAUCGUUUUUACCACAGAGUCUGUUUUGCUAUCUACAGUUUUUAACUUACGAAUAUUGGCCAUAACUAGUAAGGACGCCGAUUUAGAGUGGGACAAGCCCGUUCAAAGUGAUUCUCCUCUUGAGUUUUAUGAAGUCCGUUGGUUCCCCAAGGUAGAAUUAGAUGCCAUUAAUAAAACAGCUUUGAACACAAAGGACACAAAAGCACAUAUUGAAGGAUUGUUAGAAAACACGGAAUAUGGAUUUCAAGUUCGCUGUAAAACGAUAAAUGGUUUUGGUUCUUAUAGUAAUAUGAUUUAUGCUCAAACUCUUCAAUCCGUUGGCUCAGUAUACGACGAUUCUGUACAAAUACGAUUUAUUGCUGGUGCCAUUGUGACGGGUGUCCUCUUUCUAGUGAUUUUCAUAAUAGCUACAGUAUACUUCAUGAGAUCCAAACAUCAGGAUGAACUUGAUAAAAAAUCUACAAAUCAUUUACCCUUACCAUUGGACUACGCUAGCAACGAAGUUAAUUCUAUGGAUACUACUCCAAUUGUCAAAACCCUUCACUUAAACGUGACGACUCCUCUGUUUGGAAAUAGUAGAAGCUAUGUAGAUCCACAUACAUAUGAAGACCCUAAUCAAGCUAUAAGGGAAUUCGCUCGGGAAAUUGAUGCAAACUACAUUACUAUAGAAGCUAUUAUCGGCGGCGGAGAAUUUGGCGAUGUCUGCCGUGGCCGCUUAAAAAUACCUCCGAAUUUUGUACAGGACAUUGAUGUGGCAAUAAAGACUUUAAAACCAGGAUCUUCGGAAAAAGCGCGAUGUGACUUUUUGACGGAGGCUUCCAUAAUGGGACAGUUCGAUCAUCCAAAUGUUAUUUAUCUACAGGGAGUAGUUACACGCUCAAAUCCCGUAAUGAUUAUUACGGAGUACAUGGAAAACGGCAGCUUGGACACAUUUCUUCGUGUGAAUGAUGGAAAGUUUCAAACCUUACAGCUGAUAGUAAUGCUUCGAGGUAUUGCCAGCGGGAUGGCCUAUUUAAGUGAUAUGAAUUAUGUACACAGAGACUUAGCGGCACGAAAUGUUCUUGUAAAUGCCCAAUUAAUAUGCAAGAUCGCGGACUUUGGGUUGUCACGCGAAAUUGAGAACGCCAGUGACGCAUACACAACACGGGGUGGCAAAAUUCCAGUACGUUGGACUGCGCCAGAAGCUAUUGCUUUUAGAAAAUUUACUUCCGCAUCGGAUGUUUGGUCCUAUGGAGUAGUUCUAUGGGAGGUCAUGUCCUACGGGGAACGUCCAUAUUGGAACUGGUCAAAUCAGGAUGUGAUAAAGAGUAUUGAAAAAGGCUACCGUUUGCCAGCUCCGAUGGACUGCCCAGAAGCCCUCUACCAGCUAAUGUUAGAUUGCUGGCAAAAACAACGUACUCAUCGACCCACAUUUGCAAGCAUCGUUUCAACUCUUGACAACUUGGCUAGACAACCACAGUCAUUAUUGACAACUCGAAACUCACCCGAAUCAGACGGUACUCAUAUUUUGGAUACGCAACGUGGACAAAAUAUUUUCAUAAGCACCGACCUUUGGUUGGAGCAUAUUAAAAUGUCAAGAUACUGUCAGCAUUUCAAAGAGGCUAAUUUAAUUAAUGCUCAACAGAUUUCUAGGUUAACAGCUCAACAAUUGUCGGAUAUGGGAAUUACUUUGGUGGGACAUCAAAAAAAGAUUUUACACCAAGCCCGGCAACUGGACACUAUAAUAUAACCGUUCUAUUUUGACUUAGUAGUUUAAGAUGUACAUAUAAAUAAUAUAAUAUAUAUUAUAUACAAUAUAUAUAUAUAGUUAUAUAUAUAUAUAUUAAAAAGUACAUAAAUGACACGUGUGAAAUAAAAAAACACAGGAACACAUUAUAUAGAAUAAGGAUUUUAUAGGUUCUCUUAACUAGAAUUUUAGAAUAUAUGAUAGAAAAAAGUAUUGUUUUACUUCGCUUAUAAAAAAAUUACUUUAUUUAUGUGUAUCAAUUAUUUAUCAUUCAAUUUUUCAAGCUAAUUAUAUAAGUAUAGCGUCGCUUUGAUUGCUUAGCUAUUUCUUACAGUUUUUUGUUGUGAUAAAAGUGACAUUAACAAAAUUAUUCAUUUUCAUUAGACUUUAAUUCAUGGCUUACUUUGCAUAAAAUAUUUAAAAGCUCAAUAAAAGUACAUUUGUGCGAACGGUACGGUUUUCCGACCUAAAGAAUAGAAA